AUGUUUGUUACAGUCAACCACAUUUAUGACAAUUGGACUCGCAUUCGAGAUUGUUUCAAACUAUCUUUAAAAACUACAUCUGGACAAAGCACCAAGAAAAAGUACAUGUACAGCGAAAUGUUGCAGUUUCUGUUGAAGAAUAUGACACCAGAUGAAACCGAAUCUAGUAUUUCGUCUAGAAAGGAUGACUCUGAAGACGAUCACAGUACUCACAAUACCCCUUCGUCAAUACAGCCUUCUACAAACAAACGGGUAAAAAUGAAUCCUGUUGACAAAGAAAUUUUAAAUGCAAUUCGUUCUAAAUUGCCAAAAAAAGAACUGAUUGACGAUGACCACGCGUUCCUUAUGUCAUUAUUGCCAACGAUAAAAAAAUUCCUGAUGACAAAAUGGAUUUCAGAAUUGAAAUUAUGCAAGUCGUAA